AUGAAACCAUCUUCAGUCCUCUUGGUCUUCCUGCAGCUUUGCUGCUUCCAGACAAUGCUGGUUUCCAGGCCAACAUGCAAACUGUCAGGCUGGGUGGUCCAGAACACCCACAACCUGCUCCGGGAUCUGGGGGAACCGUUUCCUGUCCAGUGUCGGCAGUACAACAGUAAGAUCCUCUUCCCAGACUCCGCCCUCUCUGAUGUCUCAGCCAAUCACCGUCAGUGUCGCUGGACGUCCUUGGUGGUCUACGAGUCUCUGCGAGGGGCGGAGCUUAUGUUUACUGAGAAUGAGUUACCUGAAGGAGAGGAUGAACUUACAUGGAACAAGCAGAAACUGGACAACUAUCUGAACCUGCAGAACCGACUGGUGGAGGACCAUCAGUGUCUGAACACCACAGAGGCCUCGGGGGUUUUAGCACCAUACUUCAGUAACGUGACAGCUGUUGUUGAGCAGCAGGACAGCGCCUCCUGUGGGUGGGAGGCCCUGAGGAGGGAUGUGCUCUGGGUCUUAAAGUUCACCCUGCGCAAACACCACAGCUGCUUCAACUGGACAAAAGCCCACUGA